AUGGCCUGGAACCCUGAUCCGGACAGGCUGAUGGUCCAUCAAGCCUCACACCACCAUCAGAAUCAUAACCAUAACCACCACCCAUCAAGCUCAAUAGACGGUGACACAUUAAGGCCGCGAUCGGACUCAUUCGCCUCGUCGGCAGACACAGUGGUCCGCUCGCGCGCUAAUUCAGACGUCCAUCCAGCCCACGCCGUCAACGCCGCCUACGAUGAUGUCUCAUUGUCUGAUGCUCUAAUCCCAGAUCCAAGAAACGAGAAUGAUUUCCAAAUAGAAGAUAACCGGUUUGCCUUUUCACCCGGUCAACUGAAUAAAAUGCUAAAUCCAAAGUCCCUCGCUGCUUUCCAUGCUCUGGGUGGUCUACAGGGCCUGGAGCGUGGUUUGCGCACUGAUCUUGAUGCGGGCUUAUCCGUGGAUGAAGGCUGUCUCGAGGGUGCCGUUGACUUUGAGGAGGUUGCUCCGUCUACGCAUAUCAAACCCACAGCCAAUUUAAUACCCAAGACUGGGGAGCUUCCCCCUCCCGCGCCGGUUUCUUCGGGGGCUGGUCAGCCCUUUGAGGAUCGAAUCCGGAUCUUCAGUCAGAAUCGACUGCCGGCGCGGAAGUCGACGGGCUUCUUCAAGCUGUUUUGGAUUGCUUAUAAUGAUAAGAUUAUUAUCUUGUUGACUAUUGCCGCUGUUGUCUCUUUAUCCCUUGGGAUAUACGAGACUGUGGAUGGCGGCACAGGUGUUGACUGGGUGGAGGGUGUGGCCAUUUGCGUGGCUAUUCUCAUUGUAACUGUCGUCACUGCUGCCAAUGACUGGCAGAAGGAACGACAAUUCGCUAAGCUUAACCAACGGAAUAACGACCGCGAAGUAAAAGUCACGCGCUCCGGCAAAUCAACAAUGGUCUCUAUAUACGACAUCCUUGUCGGCGACGUGCUGCAUUUGGAGCCCGGCGACGCAAUCCCAGCAGACGGCGUCCUCAUAACCGGCCACGGAGUGAAAUGUGACGAAUCCUCCGCGACGGGCGAAUCUGACGCAAUGAAGAAAACGCCUGGUCAUGAAGUAUGGCAGCAAAUUGUCGAUGGAAGAGCAACCAAGAAACUUGAUCCGUUCCUUAUUUCUGGGUCGAAGGUGCUUGAGGGCGUCGGCACUUAUAUGGUUACUAGUGUUGGGCCUUACUCUACUUAUGGACGCAUUUUGCUUUCGUUGCAGACUCCCAAUGAUCCGACGCCUUUGCAGGUUAAGCUUGGACGGCUGGCAGAUUGGAUUGGGUACCUUGGUACUGCAGCUGCUGCUGUCUUGUUCUUUGUUCUUCUCUUCCGAUUUGUUGCUGAUUUGCCUAAUCAUCCGGAGAGGAAUGGGGCGAUGAAGGGCAAGGAGUUUGUUGAUAUUCUUAUUGUGGCUGUAACUGUUAUUGUCGUUGCUAUCCCAGAGGGUCUACCAUUGGCAGUGACCUUGGCAUUGGCCUUUGCCACAACCCGAAUGGUCAAAGAAAACAAUCUUGUUCGCGUGCUCCGAGCAUGCGAGACAAUGGGAAAUGCCACUGUAAUAUGCUCCGACAAGACAGGCACACUGACCCAAAAUAAGAUGACAGUCGUUGCUGGAACUUGGGGCUCACAUCGGAGUUUCAGCCAGUCCAUUGAUGGCGAAGAGCAAGAUCAUAAUUCUAUGAGUACCUCUGAAAUGUCUCAGCAACUCUCAACCCCGAUCCGAGAUCUGAUUAUCAAGAGUGUUGCCUUGAACUCCACUGCUUUCGAGCAAGAAAAAGACGGCGGGAAAGAAUUCGUCGGUAGCAAGACUGAAGUCGCUUUGCUCCAACUAGCCCGUGAUUUCAUGGGCAUGGAUCUUGUCUCGGAGCGUGGCUCUGCAGAAAUCGUCCAGCUGAUUCCGUUUGACUCGGCCAGGAAGUGUAUGGGUGCUGUGUACCGUGUUCCUGGUUUGGGGUAUCGUCUCCUUGUAAAGGGAGCAUCUGAACUGAUGGUCCACGUUUGCACUGCCCAAAUCUCGAAUAUCGAUUCCUCCAAGGAGAGGAUCGAUGUUGAGCAGCUUUCUGACAAGAAGAGCCAGCAUAUCUUGGAACUCAUCGACAACUACGCGCACAAGUCUCUUCGAACCAUUGGCAUGGUUUAUAAAGACUUUGCCAGCUGGCCCCCCGCAGAGGCUAAGAGCCACGAGGAUCCUUCUUCCGCCAACUUCGAAGACGUCUUCCAUAGUAUGACCUGGGUCGGCGUCGUGGGUAUUCAAGAUCCUCUGCGCCCCGAGGUCCCGCCGGCCAUCCGCCAAUGCCACUCUGCAGGCGUGCAAGUCAAGAUGGUGACGGGCGAUAAUGUUGCCACGGCCACAGCCAUCGCAUCUUCCUGUGGAAUCAAGACAGAAGACGGACUCGUCAUGGAAGGACCCAAGUUCCGACAAUUGUCAGAUGCAGAGAUGGACGAAGUCAUCCCUCGUCUACAGGUUCUGGCACGGUCAUCACCAGAGGAUAAGCGUAUCCUGGUCGAACGACUCAAGGCUCUCGGCGAAACUGUUGCUGUCACUGGUGAUGGUACCAAUGACGGACCAGCUUUGCGAACUGCAGAUGUUGGUUUCUCUAUGGGAAUUGCAGGCACUGAGGUCGCCAAGGAAGCCAGCUCGAUUAUCCUGCUCGAUGAUAACUUCCGGUCUAUUGUCACGGCUAUAUCUUGGGGUCGGGCUGUCAAUGAUGCUGUUGCCAAGUUCUUGCAGUUCCAGAUCACAGUUAACAUCACUGCUGUCGUGCUUACUUUUGUUUCAUCUGUUUACAGCAGUGAUAACACUAGUGUCUUGAAUGCUGUGCAGUUGCUCUGGGUGAACUUGAUUAUGGAUACAUUUGCUGCUCUGGCUCUAGCAACGGACGCCCCCACAGAAAAGAUUCUCGAUCGUAAACCCGUUCCAAAGCACGCCUCUCUAUUCACUCUCACAAUGUGGAAAAUGAUUCUUGGUCAGGCAGUCUACCAACUCGCCGUGACAUUCAUGCUCUAUUUUGCCGGUGACAAACUGCUCAAUGCGCAUCUCAACUCAGACCCCAGCCACCCAGAAAUUCGCGAAAAAGAACUCUCAACAGUGGUUUUCAACACAUUCGUCUGGAUGCAGAUCUUCAACGAAUUCAACAACCGCCGCCUGGACAACAAAUUCAAUAUCUUCGAAGGCAUGCUCCGCAACUAUUGGUUCCUAGGAAUCAACGCAAUUAUGGUCGGCGGCCAAAUCAUGAUCGUCUACGUCGGCGGCGAGGCUUUUGGCGUCACCCGUCUGAGUGGCAUUCUUUGGGGUGUGUGUAUCAUUUGCGCUAUCGCUUGUCUGCCUUGGGCGGUUGUGCUUCGCCUGAUUCCAGACAGGCAUUUCGGAGUUGUCUUCAAUGCCGUUGUUGGUGCUAUGUCUUUUGUUUUGCGACCUAUCUCUAGGGGGUCCAAAGCCCUUGGUCGGGGUAUCAAGGCUUUCUUCCGACCUGUGAAACGGGCUACUCGCCGCGUCUUCAAGAAGAAGUCGGAGCCGGAAGUUGACGAUGCGGUUAAUCCUCAGUCUUCCGAGUCCUCGGAUCUUGAACAGGCUUCUGCUCCGUUUGAGUUGGGUAAGCAGAAGUCGAAGUCUCCUGAGCGUCCUCUUACUCCUCCUACUAUUGCUGUACCGCCUAUUACGAUUACUGCCUCUCCUUGA